AUGGCAGCCGAGCAACUUGCAGCAGCGGUGAAGGCGAAGCAGCAGGCUCGGGGCGGUCGGGGCGGCGGGGUGGCGGCAGGCGAGGGCGGCUGGUUGCAGCGGCAGCGGCAACCGCGUGCGUGGGCGGGGGUGUCAACCACGAGUGAGGUGGCCAUUGGACUUCUUCAAUUACUGGGAAGCUACUCAUGGGAAGCAAAGGUUGUGAUAACCUUGGCGGCAUUUGCUGCAAACUACGGCUCCUAUUUCUCGGUUUCGCAGCUUUAUGGGAGCAACGACCCAUUUUCCAAAUCUUUGGCAUUCCUACAACUAUCUCCAAAUCUGUUGAAACAGGCCCCUUUGAAACUCAAGCCUGAGGCACUCAAGGUUGUUGAGGCCAUCCUUGGUCUUACCAACUAUAUUAGUACCGUGGCUUGUGCAUCAAUAUUGAUGAACACAGUGGCCUUGGGAAAUGAGUACAAACCAACAGCAAUGGAGGCUCAAGAGCUUUCGGAUUUGGCGAUGGAGAUAACGAACAUACGCAGCACACUUGCCAGUGAAAUGGAAAGUUGGAAGAAACACAUUGAGUCUAUAAUUCUCACUGAAGAUUAUGACAAACUCGUCGGGAUGUUUAAGCAUGAACAUACCGAUAAUAUAGAGAUCCUCCAAGUUCUACUUUGUUGGAACCAAAGCCACUUGACAUCCAUCUAUAAUUGUUCUACCAAGACACAGGAAGAAUUGAACAAGUUGAGCGGCAAACAUGUGUUUCUGUACAUUUCAAAUCUAGGGCAUCUCUCCGAAGAGGAAAUCUCCAUUCUCUCUGAGAACUAUGCGAGAAAAUCUACUCCUUGUGAGAUCGUGUGGGUUCCUAUUGUGGACAUAUCAACCCCAUGGAACGAAGAGAUUGAAAAAUACUUCAAGAAAAUGCGAGAUUCAAUGGGAUGGUACUCCAUUAAUGACCCUUGGAAGCUUAACAAAGCGGUCAUCAAGUACAUCGAGGAGGAGUGGAAGUUCGAGGGGGAGUCAGAGUUUGUGGUUCUCAACCCAAAAGGCAAGUUUGUAAUAUCUGGUGCCGUUAAUCUCUUCUGGUUUUUGGAACAGUCGAGUUUUCAAGUAGAUUACUGGAAGACGAUUCAGCUGUUGCAACAUACAAUGGGAUCAAUAGUCAAUAAUUGGAUUGAUGCUGGAAAGCAUAUCUUCCUAUUUGGAGGGGAAGACAUAAAGUGGAUUCAGAAAUUUGUAGACGAAGCUCAAAGAGUUGCGGUGGCUGCCAAAAUAGACUUCAUCAUGAUGUACGCGGGAAAAAGCAACUUGAAGUGGGCAGCUCACCAGGAGAUUUUGGAGAUUUUGGAACAGUUAAAGAAAAACAACACCACUCUCCCAGUAUAUCGAUUCGGAGACCCAAAGUAUAUGUCAUCAUUCUGGGCCACCCUGCGAAGCAUAUGGCUAACUAAGAUAAAGACUGGCAAAUCUAUUGUAAUAUCUACUACAAUGGAUGACAUUGCCACACUUUUGAGCUUUGAUGCAAUUGGUGAAGGUUGGGCUGCGAUUUGCCGUGGUUCAAGCCCUGAGAUGGCCAAAGCCCGAGGUAAGACAUUUCUAGAUAUAUUGAAGAACAAUAGCAGAUGGGAAGCUCUUGGAAAACAAGCAGGUUUCGUAGAAGCACUGGCUCAGAAGAUUAAAGAGGGUAAGACCCUUGAAAGUCACCAUGACUGUUACAGCCUGGAGGUUGCAGCCACGAGGGGGAGCACCCCUAAGAAGGAGCUUGAAGGCCCUAUGGGGGUUGGGGUAAAAAUGGGCAGGCCAUUUCCGGACUAUAGGCCUAAGGGAGUGGCCCAUUCGACAGGCAAUGCUUCAAAGAAAGAUUUAGGCCGACCUAAUUGUGGCAACCAUAGUAUCGAUGUGUACGACAUGUCCAAGAAGUCUGAUGGGUCAAAAAAUGCUAAUUCUCGACCUGAUGUGUAUUUAAAACCUUCAUGGAUUGAUUUGAUUACUCUGAGUGGGGAUCGAUCUCUACAAAAAGAUAAGAGGAGUGUUAGUGGGCAUGCACAAGGAAGCAAGAAAGUGGGAAAUAUGUCAAGUAAGAUUACAUCCAAAAGGUCUCUCCAAGUAAUUGCAGAGCAUGCAUCCAUGGCUAUUUCUACUCGUCCUCAAGGUAUGGGGUCCCGACUUGACAAUCUGUUUAGUUCGCUUAUGGGGGGAAAUAGGGAUAUUCCUUCAAAUGAGGAUAUGGAGGGGCUUAUAGAAGAGGUGUUGUGUGGGAAUACUGAGGUGGCUGUUGAGGAUCGAGGCAAGGGUGACUGA